CCUCCUCAUGGGCGUGAAAGUUCAAAGUUCCACUUGAUCCCACUCCCUCUCAGAACCCCCCCCCACCACGAACCUCUCUCGACCUGAACCUUCAACCUCGCCCCCAACACCUCAACACCUCAACACCCCCCAACUCAACACCACCGCGACCUGGAUUAGGUCCUCGGUCCAUAGAUCGUUCCGCAUCCACAUCGACACCCACAUCCGUCGUCCAUCGCACACAACCCAUCACCCUCAUUCUCUCCCACACCCUCACCCUUCCAUAUCAGAUCGCGACCAUGGCGGACCGAUACAUCCCCGAGCAUCGUCGUACGCAGUUCAAGGCCAAGAACACCUUCAAGCCCGAGGAGCUUCGACGUCGUCGCGAAGAGCAGCAGGUCGAGAUCCGCAAGGCAAAGCGUGAGGAGAAUUUGGCAAAGCGACGAGGCAUCGCGGGCGCAGAUGGAUCACGACCGGGUGCCUCCCUCGGCGCAGAGCCUGAUAGCGAAGAUGACAAUCCACCCACCGAGAGUCAGGUAAGCUGUCGCAGAUCUCUCCCUCUCCCAAGUCGUCGUCGGUCGAAGCAUCGCGCAUGUUGCGAUGUGUGCGACCUCCAACGUGCCAAUGCGGUGCCGCCAUGAUUGUUUACUUUUCUUGGUGGGGUACAGCCUGGCGAGAGUCACCGAAAUUGUGCGAGUUGACCGCCGUGGACAGCUCCACCGUUCAAGGCGUUCGCGAAGCACCACCGCUCCCCCGCAAUACACCAUGACUUUGGCUGCGAAGAUGUAGAUGUUGGCUAACCUCGCUGCGCUCUCUAGUUGAACGAGGAUCUCCCCCAAAUGGUGGCCGGCGUCUUCUCGGAACAAAUCGACCUCCAGAUCCAAGCCACCACCAAGUUCCGAAAGCUGCUCUCCAAGGAGCGAAACCCUCCAAUUGAGGAGGUCAUCAAGACGGGAGUCGUCAGCCGUUUCGUGACCUUCCUCCGAUCGCCGCAUACACUCGUUCAAUUCGAAGCUGCCUGGGCCUUGACCAACAUUGCUUCCGGUUCGGCUCAGCAAACACAAGUCGUCAUUGAGGCUGGAGCCGUCCCCAUCUUUGUCGAGUUGCUUGGGAGCCACGAACCUGAUGUGAGAGAGCAAGCUGUGUGGGCUUUGGGUAACAUUGCUGGUGAUAGCCCAUCAUGUCGAGAUUACGUUUUGAGCUGUGGCGCUCUCAAGCCACUCCUGGCCCUGUUGGGUGACAGCCGCAAAUUGAGCAUGCUCCGCAAUGCCACCUGGACCCUCAGCAACUUCUGCCGUGGCAAGACCCCACAACCCGAUUGGAACACCGUAAGUAACUAAUCGCCUAUCAAACGUGUAUUGUGAAAGCUCAUAUAGCCAGCAGAUCUUGCCUGCCUUACCAGUCUUGGCGAAGCUUGUUUAUUCCCUUGACGAUGAGGUUUUGAUUGAUGCGUGCUGGGCCAUCUCAUAUCUUUCCGAUGGUGCCAAUGACAAGAUCCAAGCCGUCAUCGAAGCUGGUAUCCCUCGUCGCCUCGUAGAGUUGCUUACCCACGCUUCCACAUCCGUCCAAACCCCUGCCCUGCGAUCCGUCGGUAAUAUUGUCACUGGAGAUGACGUUCAGACCCAAGUCAUUAUCAACUGCGGUGCCCUCCCCGCUCUUCUUGCGCUUCUCAGCUCUGGAAAGGAUGGUAUUCGCAAGGAGGCUUGCUGGACCAUUUCUAAUGUCACAGCCGGUAACUCCACUCAAAUCCAGGCAGUCAUUGACGCAAACAUCAUCCCACCUCUCAUUCAUCUCCUCUCGAAUGGUGACUUGAAGACCCGAAAGGAGGCUUGCUGGGCCAUCUCAAACGCCACUUCCGGUGGACUUCAAAAGCCAGAACAGAUUCGAUUCUUGGUUACUCAAGGAUGUAUCAAGCCCUUGUGUGAUCUUCUUUCUUGCCCUGACAACAAAAUCAUUCAAGUCGCACUUGACGGCCUUGAGAAUAUCUUGAAGGUUGGAGAGAUGGACAAGGAUGCAGCUGGCGAAGGUCAAGAAGGUAUCAACAAAUUUGCGCUGUUCAUUGAGGAAUGUCAAGGUAUGGAAAAGAUUCAUGAUUGCCAGACCAACGCAAACGAGGAGAUCUACAUGAAGGCCUACAACAUGAUCGAAAAGUACUUUUCCGAUGAAGAAGAGGCAGAGGGGGCUGAUCAACCAAACGCUACCGGCGAUGGUAGCUUUGGAUUUGGAAAGAACACUGCACCAGGCGGAUCUGGUUUCAACUUUGCCAACAACGGCGGUGAUUCGAUGGAUAUGUAGAUUGCUUGACAGCAUCCUCGUAUCCUCUUGCUCUUAUUGAGCUCUUCAUGUAAUCUGCACCACAUACACCUUUCUAAUCAAGAUUGACGAGUACGUUACUGCGGAUUCACCACUUCCCAAAAAACACCACACUCGUGCCCAUGUAUGGUACGAACCCUUCCCAGCAAAACCCAAUUUUCGAUCCCCCCCC